AUGAAUGCCCCUCCAGCGCUUGGUUAUGCGCCUGGCAUCUCGCUGGCCCCGCAAGACCACCAAGCCUCUCCAACAGCAGCCAGUUUUGGCUCCAAUAACCCUUUCCGGAACCGGGCCCUCUCACCCUCAGUUGUUGGAUCUGUCUCAAACCGCCCGGAGCGCCCAAGAUCGACCAAUCCAUUCUUAGACGAUACUGAAGCGCUGUCUCCUCAGUCGGCCCCAGGAAUAUCGACCGGUGCCAGCAUGAUCUCUCCGAUUGACCGGAAUAACAUGUCGAGCAACACUAGGGAUCUCUUUGAGGCGCUCUCACUCAAGCCCACGCCCCCUCCGCCGGCGACAUCCGACACCCACCAUCGCACUUCCUCAACUCGCAACAGACCCCCGAGGGAGCGCCCGGAGCGUCCACCUGGACGAUCGGCGACGUCGAAAGAGAAAGACCCGCUUGAUAUCUUCGCCGAUCCCCCUACAAUCCCCUCAACUUCCAAGGGCAAAUCGCCCCGUCGCCCUCGCCGAAACUCGGAGUCUUCGGUAAUGGACCGAGGCUCGAAGCUAUUGGACGUUGAUGACGAUGAGAAGCGCCGACGAGAACGGCGUAAUCGCGAGCGUGAGGGUCGCAGCAAAGAUGGCAAAUCGCGGUCAGGCCGCAAGGACCGCAGACUUGAUGUUAUCGAUAAGUUGGAUGUGACAAGCAUCUACGGCACUGGAAUGUUCCACCAUGACGGUCCAUUUGAUGCAUGCAACCCCCAUCGCAAUCGUCGCGGUGUGCGUACCGCCCCAAUGCAGGCCUUUCCCAAGGGUUCUACCAACAUGGCUCUGGGCGGUUCAGGCCCCAACAACUCCAACAUCGAUCUCAACCUUUUCCAUGGCACAAUGGAGGAAGGACAUAACGACUUUGCCACCGCUGCUCGCCGCAACAUUGACUUGGGCGGUAGCUUUGAUCCCACCGCCCGAGUAGAUCCAAUCCACGGACCACAGAGUAUGGGGUUGGGGACUAGCACUUUCCUCGAUGGAGCCCCGGCUAGUCGGUCCGCCAUGGCACGCCGUCAAAGCGAAAACGAGUCCUCUCUGGCACCGAAUGCCGGUCUUGCACGAAAGAAGAGUUUAGCUCAACGACUGCGAGGAAGAACGGCUGGACCCGGCCGCAGCGCCUCUCCAAACGACAGCUUCUCUCUCCCCCCAGCCCCACAUAUCAGCUCUAACUAUGAUGACGAGUGGGAUAGGAAGGGAUCGAGCAUCGAAGCUCGCUUUGAGGGCGGUCGACUUCGAUCAUCCAGCAGCCCCAAGCAAAGAAGUGGCCUGGAGCGCAAGCCUACUAACGACCGAGCUUAUGAAGAAUCCAGGCUCAACCCUGGCGGCGGUGGUUUCUUAAAUCGGAUGAAGAGUUUGCGCAAACCAAAGCCGGAACGACGUACCAGCGACUGA